AUGACAAACCCAAGAGCAUCAGGCCAUUUACCUUUGAAAACGCCGAUGACAAGCAAAUGGAAGACUCAAGCACCAAACAGUGAUCUAUUGGAGAGACAGACACGAGCAUUGGAAGAAAGUCUGAACAAACUGAAGAUAGCGAUGAAUCCUGAUAAAUCGAAGCCAGCCACUGAAUCAAGUACUUCAAUUUGGAACAAAGGAAAAAGUGGUCCUAUUACUCAAUAUGCAAAUUAUGUACUUCGAGACGAUGGCUCACGAAGACUUUUUGACACUAAGCAACCCAAAGUGAGAAUCUUAGGCGAUGAACCGGCAGUACCAGUUCUUCGCCCGUCCUUGGUUGCAAAUUUAUAUAAUGUUAAACCGAAUUCAAAUACACACCAAAAGAUUGCCAAAUGUGGUCAAUUUGGGGCUGAUGUUGUCUUUAAUGAAUUACGCCAAGUUAAAAACAUCGAAGAUAAUUUAAUGAAUUCUUUAUAUGAAUCUACUCGAAAUGACGAAGUUGAUAAUGAUGAUCAUACCGUGUAUAGUGACGAUGAGAUAAGCGACAACAACAGUGCAAGAUACGGUGGCGGUGCAUUACUGGAGGGAACUUAUAAUGAAAAGAAUAGCGCUGCUUCGUUUCAGCAAGCAUUAUUGCAGUGGAGAAAUACUAAUACUACUACUAGUAACAGUAAUAAUAAAAAGCCUUCAAGAAAAACACAAAUAAAAUCAAAAACUUUGAAAAAAAAUGUACAUGCCUAUGCGGUUACCGUUGAUAGUACUCAAACGCCAAAUGAAAAUCAACAACCGAUGGUAUCGACCAUUGAAUUUCAUACAACCAAGCUAACCUAUGCUGAAAAACUUUUAUUGAAAAAAUAUCGUCGUACAACAAAAAACGAAGAAUUUUUCGUUCAACGACCAUCAUCAAAAUUAUCAAAAAACGAUUCUGCAAGAUUCGCUAUUCUUGAGGAUGAAUCUGAGAAUACGAUCGAGAAUGAUUUACAUGUUCCAGUUAUUAAAAAUAAUAAGCCAACUGAGAAAGAUCUAAAUGUUUCACAAUCACAACUGAAUGUCAAAAACAAUUAUUUCGGUUUAACUAAUCCAAAUAAUAAAAUCAAGGAGUUGUACAAUGAUAUCAAAGUACCAGAUCAAAAUGAGUUUAGCACAUCGAAUGACAGUGUACAACCAUUAAAAAAGAAUAAAGAUAAUGCGAAAUUAGUUGACCAUGAUCAUGAUGAAAUGCUGACGCAACGUACUUCAAGACCCACAAGUCGUGCCAAAUUAUCUUCUAGACCAAACAGCGCUGUUAAGAAAAUGCCUUCACGACCUAGUUCGGCUUUAUUUCAACAUCCAUUACCAUCGAUGCUAAGCAUAAAUCCUAGUGAAGAUUUGUUGGAGAUUACUUCACACUCAUCGAAUAACAGCAAAGAUAUUCCCAGCAGACCAUCAUCGGCAGCCUUGAAAAAACCAACGAAAAUUGAUUAUAAAAUUCAAUCGAUUUGGAAUCGUAAUUGGAAACCGGAGAAUAGUCUUAGUGACGGUGUCGAUCUAUUUUCAGUCAAACCAGAUGAAAUAUCUAUGAUGCAGUUUGAUCUAGCUUUGAAAGACUUGCUUGAUGAAACAAAAAUUGAAGCAACUGAAGUUUUAUCAAAUCGACCUAGUUCUUCUGUAUCCGAUCUGAACAGACCGCUUAACUUCCACUCAUCAAGCAAGGACUCAAAUUAUGUGACGCAAUCUUUUCAGCUCAAUCCACAAACACCAAUUACGGAAACUGAAAAAACAAUAGACGAUGCAACGAAAUCUGCUCGGAAUAGUGCACGUAGCACCGAUUCAAAAAAAUAUCAGAUUGAUUUUACACAAACAAAAUCAAGUCCAAUACAUACAGUGAGUCGAAAUAAGGACGAACGUCAGAGUGACAUUACUCACGCAAUUCCAACGAUACUCGAUCAUAAGACAGACAAUCGAAGUUCAUCUCAGUUUGAGGCUGCAUCCAGACCACACAGUGGGAGGUCCAUUGGUUCAACAAAAGCAUUUGAUCACUCUCGUCCGGCAUCUUCUUCGUCGGAACUUUCAGGUUUUUCAAAACUAUUGUCAUCGUUGCCGAUGAAAGACGAUGGCGGUUCUGAAACACCAAAAGCAUCCAUUGAGAAUCAAAACACUAUAUCACCAAGAUCCACUCCAACACCACGAAACUUUCCAUUCGACUUCAAUAUCACAAAAACUCACCAUGCUUCACCAAGAUCAAGAAAUAGUAAAACGCCCACUAUCACCAGAGAAGAUUCGGAAGAUAAUGGAUUUUUUACAGAUUUACCAAGACAAAAUAUUGUAAAAGAAGUAAAAUUAACACCAGAAAAAUCUUCAACAUCGAAUGAAAAUAGCUCAGUAUUGCCAUCAACAGAAUGGAAACAAACUUUAACUAAUCGAAGCGGUAAUAACAAUACAGAAUAUGUUAUUCCAAAUUUAUUAUUAAAAAAAUCAACAGACUACACCCAACCCAAAACGACCCCACGCCUCUCGCAAACAAAACGGUCAAUAACAUUAGAUGAAACAAAUAAAAAAACAACAACAAUUGAUGACUACACGUUCUCAAGACCGACAUCGUCGUUAUCUUCUGCAUCAUUACCAGUUUCAAUUAUUUCAUCAAAACCUGAACUGAUAACAAAGCCCUCAAUUGAAGCCAAUCCCCAUAGACGUGCUGUUGUCCAUCGAACAGUAACGAACCCAACGACGAACGAUAACCAUACAACGGUAACAACAACAGCGAAAAAGUUUCGAAUAGACUUUAAUCAACAGAAUUCAAAGGAAAUAUUGUCCGUACCAUCAUCGAACUCAAAGAAAAUAUCCACAACCAACGCUAAUACACAUAUACCACAGUCAGUAAAUCCACAAAUGGUAGUUGAAGGCAAAAAAGUAUCAUCUAGUAGUGAAAAACCGGUAUUAUCAGCAAGAAUAUCGAAUAUAGAUGGGGGAGAUUUUGUUAGUUCAUCAACCAACUCAUUAAAUGCUAAUAAACUCAAAUCAUCAAUCACAUCAUCGACACGUAGUAUAAAGCAUUCUGGAAGUGAUUCAGUGAGAGACAGCAAUGCUAAUGUAAAUGAACAACAAUUGAAACGAUUACAUCCAAUCGUUAAUGGUAGCGUAAGCAGUACGUUAACAUCAAUUACACGUGAUGAAAAUAAUAUUCGGGACAGUGUGGCAAUACGAGACAGUUUAUUAGUACUAGAUAAAGAUAAUGCAGCAGCAGCAAAAAAUUCAAUUAGUGAUAGCAAUUUUGUAACUACUAGCCAAUCUCUUCGACCGAGAAAACUUGAAUUUACUCUGGGUGAUGGUGCAAGAUGGAAGGAAUCAUCUAUCGAUUCGUCGUCUACUCACCAAAAAACUUCGAUCAAUCAAAAAGUAAAUUCAUCGUCAAAUGACUUAACGAGACCUCUAUCAAGACAGUUAUCUCGUUGUAACACACCAUCAAGCAAAACAAACGCAAAACUUGCUGAACAAUACGUUCAAUAUGAGGACGAUGGUCGUAGCUCAAGAUUAUGUCAAGAUGUUGAGGACGAGCAAUGCUUUAACCAGUUGAGAGAAGAACUUUGUUCUCAAUUGGGCUCGGUAAGUCCGGGUUGGGACGCUAGUUUAAGCGAACAUGUACUAAAAAACUUACGUACGAUAGUAUUUAGUGAAAAAGAUUUACAAGAUAAUUUAGAAAUGCUUGAAGCAAAACUACGAGAAACAGAAUCUGUCCAAAGAUCAGAAACGAAUGAAGAUGACUUUAUGUCCUAUGAAGAAAUACGCAAUCUAUAA